AUGUCACGUAACUACAGUGCUUCGCAAUAUGAAAAAUCAUUUUCACCUAAAGUUUUACAAAUGUAUCAAGUACCAAAAGAUCCGCAACCAGGCGUGCAUCCAAAAGCAACAAUGUCAUUGAAUGCUAGUAGUUUUGUGGCUAAUGGACGUGGUCAUAUUUUGCCGGGUAUAACAAAAUCAAAACGAUCACCAUUUGGCGAGUUCGUUGGAACUUGGGAUUUACCAAAAAAAAUACCGGGACCUUAUCAUGUUCAUCCAAUGGGACGAACAGAAAAAAAUUUCAAUGCGCUAUGUUCACAACGUGAUCAAACAAUUCAAGAGAUGGAAAAAGCACGUGUUUAUGCUAAGGAAGAGUCAUCUGUUCAUCGAACUUCAGACAAAUAG